CUCCGGGUCGGGUUUCCACGCCCUUUUCAAAACCUAGUUUUUGAGUUUCCUCACCACACUCCCUCUCUGCGCGAGUCUCUUCUUCUUCUUCUUCAACUCAAACGUCAUAGUGUUUCCUCUUGCCUACGCAGAACCAUGGGUCCUGAGGGCACAACGAAUCGCGUUGAGAAAGUGGGCUUCAGUUUCUUAACGGACGACGAGAUACGGAGUAGUAGUUGGGUGAAGAUAACUAGUCCCGACCUGCUCCUCGCUCCGCCUGGGAGUCCUCUACCUGUACCUGUACCUGGUGGUUUGUAUGAUCCUGCGUUGGGUCCACUCUAUGACUCUUUUCAGUCUUGUUGUAAAACUUGUGGUCAAACUUCAAAAAAUUGCCCAGGUCAUUUUGGGCAUAUUGAACUUGUCUCUACUGUCUACAAUCCUUUGAUGUUCAAUAUUCUUAGCAAAAUCCUGCAAAAAACUUGUUUCUCUUGUCAUCAUUUCCAGGCUAGCAGAACAGAGGUGGAAAAGUGUACGUCCCAAUUGGAGUUCAUUUCGAAAGGGGAUAUUAUCAGGGCCAAAAAUUUGGAUUCAACCUCGCCAGAUGAGUCCAUAUAUCUGGGCGAUGCUGAUGAAAGCCCAUGUUGUAGUUCUGGUCCGCCGGGAGAGAAUUGGACGUCCCUUCAAUUUAGUGAAGCAAUGUCUGUGCUAAGGAAGUUUCUGGCGCCGAAAUACAAGAAAUGUAAAAAUUGCGGACGUGUCAGUCCUAGAAUCAGUAAACCAACCUUUGGAUGGUUUCAUGUGAAGGCUCUCUCAGCUGCUCAAGCUAGACAAAAUUUUAUUAGAAGUGAUGGUGCAUCCUUGGCUAGUAAAUCCAUUAGUGACAAUAUAUCUUUAGGUAACGGGGAUACAACUGAUGAAGAGGCUCAUAAUAGAGAAAAGCGAAAAUCAUCUUACAAGCUUGCUGAGCAAAGUAUGCUUUCUGGGUCUUUGCUACCUUCCCAGGUUAAAGACAUUUUUGAACUUUUGUGGGAAAAUGAGGCUCGGUUAUGCUCACAUAUUAGUGACAUUCAAGAUCAGGGUUUUGGAAAGAAAGCUGGUCACUCAAUGUUCUUUCUAGAGAACAUUUUUGUUCCACCAAUCAAAUUCCGCCCCCCAACUAAAGGAGGUGAUAAUGUGAUGGAGCACCCUCAAACUGUUUUGUUGCAAAAGGUUUUAAAGUCCAACAUUUCCUUAAGAGAUGCCCAUCUAAAAAAGGAAGAUCCCUCAAAGGUUCAAAAAUGUUGGGUGGAUCUUCAACAAUCUGUGAACAUGCUAUAUGACAAUAAAACUGCUUCUGGCCAAAGAGAUGUGGCUACUGGAAUAUGUCAGUUGUUAGAGAAGAAGGAAGGCAUCUUCCGCCAGAAAAUGAUGGGAAAGAGGGUCAAUUUUGCUUGCCGCUCUGUCAUAUCACCAGAUCCUUAUUUAGCAGUCAAUGAAAUUGGGAUCCCCCCAUACUUUGCUUUAAGAUUAACAUAUCCUGAGAGAGUGACACCUUGGAAUGUAGUCAAUUUAAGGAAUGCUAUUCUUAAUGGUCCUGAAUCCCAUCCAGGUGCCACGCUCUACGCUGAUAAAGUUUCUAUGGUCAUGCUUAAAAAGGACUCACUUUCUUCGACAUCGAGGAAACUACCAUCCUCAAGAGGGGUUAUUAUGAAUCAUGGGGAGAUACAUGACCAUGAAUUUGAAGGAAAGGUUGUGUAUCGUCACUUGAGGGAUGGUGAUGUUGUGCUUGUCAAUAGACAGCCCACACUUCAUAAACCUAGUAUAAUGGCACAUAUAGUUCGUGUUCUAAAGGGGGAGAAAACAGUACGCAUGCAUUAUGCAAACUGCGGUACAUACAAUGCUGAUUUUGAUGGUGAUGAGAUUAACGUUCAUUUUCCACAAGAUGAAAUUUCUCGUGCUGAGGCUUACAAUAUUGUAAAUGCCAACAAUCAAUAUGUGAAGCCUACAAGUGGUGAUCCAAUCAGAGCCUUGAUUCAGGAUCACAUCGUAAGUGCUGCGCUUCUUACUAAAAAGGAUACAUUUUUAACUUAUGAGGAGUUCAAUCAACUUCUCUACAGUUCUGGUGUAUCCAUGGCUGGCCUGGGCUCUUUCUUUGGCAAACCUGGGCAGAAAGUUUUCAUGUCAAAAUCUGAGAGUGAAAUGUUUCUGUUUCCUCCAGCAGUAUGGAAGCCAGAGCCCUUAUGGACAGGAAAACAGGUUAUCAGUGCAUUGCUACACUAUAUCACUAGAGGUUGCCCACCAUUUACUGUUGAGAAGAAUGCAAAAAUCCCAUCUAGUUUUUUCAAGACUCGAAAUAGGGAGGGGAAAAAAUGCACUAAAGAUACAUCACGAAAGGAAGAAGAGCUUGAUGAGGAUAAAUUAUUGAUAUACAGAAAUGAUUUGGUGCGUGGUGUAGUUGAUAAGGCUCAAUUUGGUGACUAUGGUAUGGUACAUACAGUGCAAGAACUUUAUGGCUCAAACACUGCUGGCAAUCUGCUCACGGCAUUAAGUCGGUUAUUCACUACCUAUUUACAGAUGCAUGGGUUCACAUGUGGAGUAGAUGAUCUUCUGUUGAUAGAUGGAAAAGACGGUGAAAGAAAAAAUCAACUAGAAAGCUGCGAGGAAAUUGGUGACAUUGUUCAUCGUGAAUUCAUUGGAGUCAUGGAUGGUGAUAGUAUAGAUCCAAUCACAAUGCAGUUAGAUAUUGAGAAAAGAAUACGCAGUAAUGGAGAAGCAGCCGUAACAUACUUAGACAGGAAGAUGAUAAGUAAUCUUAACUCCAGAACAAGUUCAGGGAUAUUAAAGGUGCUACUAUCUGAAGGAAUAUUGAAACCCUCCGGAAAAAAUUGUAUUUCUCUUAUGACUACAUCUGGAGCUAAGGGCAGUAUGGUCAAUUUCCAGCAGAUAUCUUCUCAUCUUGGCCAGCAAGAGCUGGAAGGCAAGCGUGUCCCACGCAUGGUUUCUGGGAAGACCUUACCGUGCUUUACACCCUGGGAUUGUUCCCCUAGAGCAGGAGGGUUCAUUAUUGAUCGGUUUCUUACUGCUCUUCGUCCACAGGAAUACUACUUUCAUUGUAUGGCUGGUCGUGAAGGGUUAGUUGAUACUGCAGUCAAAACUUCUCGGAGUGGUUACCUGCAAAGAUGCCUUAUGAAAAACCUUGAAUGUCUUCAAGUUUGUUAUGAUCAUACUGUCCGUGAUUCAGAUAGUUCAAUUAUUCAGUUUCAUUAUGGAGAAGAUGGUGUAGAUGUCCAUCAAACUAGCUUUAUCACCAAAUUUGAAGCAUUGUCAACUAAUAAAGAGUUGGUCUACAGCAACUGUUGCCGUCAGCUAGACAGAUCCAGUCCUUAUAUUAACAAGUUGCCCGAUGCUCUUAAAGAAAAAGCAGAAAACUUUAUUCGUGAUUUCUCUUUAAAACACAGAAAUUCGUGUUCAUUGAAACGAGCAGAUUUCCUGAAAUUGAUGGAGCACAAGUACAUUUCAAGUCUUGCUCAACCAGGUGAGCCAGUUGGGGUGUUAGCUUCUCAAUCUGUUGGAGAGCCGGCAACGCAGAUGACUUUGAAUACUUUCCACCUUGCUGGUCGUGGAGAAAUGAAUGUGACACUUGGAAUUCCACGUUUGGGAGAGAUCAUUAUGCUUGCUGCUCAUGAUAUCAAGACUCCAUUUAUGACAUGCCCCCUGAGACCCAAUAAAUCUCCGGAGGAUGCCAAUUGUCUUGCUGACAAAUUGAAGAAGAUUACUGUUGCUGACAUAAUUGAGAGUAUGAAAGUUUCUGUUGUACCAAUAGCUGUUCGUGAUGGUAAGGUUUGCAGUAUAUAUAAACUUGUGUUGAAGCUAUAUAAGCCUAAACACUAUCCAAAAUACACUGAUAUUACACUUGAAGACUGGAAGGAAACUCUAAGUGUUGUCUUUGUGAGGGAAUUAGAGGAUGCCAUUCAAAACCACAUGACAUUGCUCUCUAAAAUUAGGGGCAUAAAAGAUGUUCGAAGCAAUGAAUCAGAAUCUGAGAAAAAAGGAAUAACUAACGAAGAUGACGAUGAUGAUGUUGAAGACAAAGAGGGGUCUGAAGCUCUUGGUUCAGAUGCACAAAAGAGAAAACAGCGACAAACUAAAGAAGAUGACGAUGAUGAUGUUGAAGACACAGAGGAGUCUGAAGAUCUAGGUUUAGAUGCACAAAAGAGAAAACAGCAAGGCACUGAUGAAUUUGAUUAUGAGGAUGGUGCUGAAGAGGAAACACAUGAUGGUGAGCUGUCAGAAGAACUUGAAGGAGAUGAGGAUGGUAAUGAUAUUGAAGUUAAUGAGGAUGAUAAGAAUGUGACACAUAAUGCCAAUAAGUCUCAAGAACUUGAAGGAGAUGAGGAUGGUAGUGAUAUUGAAGUUAAUGAGGAUGAUAAGAAUGUGACACAUGAUGCCAAUAACUCUCAAGGACUCAAAACACACUCCAAGCGCAAGUCUAUUGAUGAAAAGGCUAGUUUGAAAUCUAAAAAGAAGAAAUCUGAACUAACGAUAAAAGAAACUGACAGAGCAGUUUAUGUGAAAGCCAAAGGGAAGAAAUUUGAGAUACGCUUUAAAUUUGUCAAUGAGCCUCACAUAUUGUUGGCCCAGAUUGCUCAGAGAACGGCCAAGAAGGUUUGCAUCCAGAAGUUUGGAAAGGUUGGCCAAUGUAAAGCUAUUACAUGUAAAGAAAGUGGAGUGAUCUACUAUGGUGAAGAUGUCAGUAAAAGGAAUGAUAUUCCAUCCUCAGUGAAAGAGAAAAUACCAGCUCUGCAAACAUCCGGUGUACAUUUUGAAACAUUUUGGGAUAUGCAAGAUGAUCUUGAUGUUAGGUAUGUUUAUACAAACAACGUCCAUGCCAUGCUAAAUACUUACGGCGUGGAAGCAGCCAGAGAGACCAUCAUCAGGGAAAUACAAAAUGUUUUCAAGUCUUAUGGCAUAUCAGUAAAUAUUCGGCACUUGACACUCAUUGCUGACUUCAUGACGCACUCUGGCAGCUAUCGCCCUAUGAGCAGAAUUGGAAGCAUAGCAAAUUCUACAUCACCUUUCCUCAAAAUGUGCUUUGAAACAGCCUCCAAAUUCAUUGUUGAAGCAGCUUAUCAUGGACAGGUGGAUAACUUGGAGACUCCUUCUUCUAGAAUUUGUCUCGGUUUGCCAGUGAAGAUGGGAACUGGGUGCCAUGACCUGAUACAGAAGCUGGAACUAUGAUGUGGCACCACAUGCCCGAGAUCCUCCAAAAUUUUGACACAUUAUUGUACGACUGUAAUUUGCAAAAUUUUCAUAGCCAUUUUUAUCUGUCUGGAAACAUAAUAUUUUUGCAGGUAAGAGUAUAGUUUGAGAUGUCAUUCCUCAAUUUUUUGUUCUAAUGUAUUAAGGUUUCACAUUCUUUUCUUUUCCUUGAUAUGCAUAUUUUAAUUACUCAGGUCUAUAUUAAGUUGUUCAUAA